UUUUAAGCAUUUUUGAAUUUCGAGGUACUCACAGGAGGAAGAAAGCGAGGGUGUGUUUGUUAGAGCAGUGCCGCGCGCUCACGUGCGCACGCGCCGGGGACAGCCCUGUCCUCGAGCCGCGCUGACUGGCACAGCCUCAGAGCUCUGAACUGCCGCGCCGGCGUCCUCACGAACAGAGGCGGCUCCAGCCCCCCCAGUGUCAGCUCUGAACACUCGGCCGAGAUCCGGGAGCUGCCCACGUCCGCGAACGAAGCAACAGGGAGGAGAGCAGGUCCGGCUGCCGGCGCUGACGCUGGAGCAGAGCGGGAUAUUUCAGGUGUUCGCUCUACUUUUCGCAGGCUGCUUUAUCCGACGCCUCAAAACAGCAGCGUGUCACUGAGUCGAGGGGGGAACCGAGCUGGACCUUUGCUUUCUUCCGCAAGAAGAUGGCAUCAAAUGACUCGCGGCUCCAGCAGCAGCCUUCCCAGAAGGAUGCGGCCGACCAGAACUUUGACUACAUGUUCAAGCUGCUGAUCAUUGGCAACAGCAGUGUGGGAAAGACCUCAUUCCUGUUCCGCUACGCAGACGACUCCUUUACCUCCGCCUUCGUCAGCACCGUGGGCAUCGACUUUAAGGUCAAGACUGUCUUCCGCAAUGAUAAGAGGAUCAAGUUGCAGAUCUGGGAUACAGCAGGACAAGAGCGCUACCGCACCAUCACCACAGCCUACUACAGAGGAGCCAUGGGCUUCCUGCUCAUGUAUGACAUCACUAACCAGGACUCCUUCAAUGCAGUUCAGGACUGGGCAACACAGAUUAAGACGUACUCAUGGGACAAUGCUCAGGUGAUCCUGGUGGGUAACAAGUGUGACCUGGAGGACGACCGGCUCGUACCCACAGAGGACGGCCAGCGACUGGCGGAGGAGCUUGGCUUCCAGUUCUUCGAGGCCAGCGCUAAGGACAACAUCAAUGUGAAGCAGGUGUUUGAGCGCCUAGUGGACGUCAUCUGUGAGAAGAUGAAUGAGAGCAUGGAGGGAGACAUCAACCUCAUAUCCAACCAAGGGAACCAGGGCCUUAAAGACUCGACUUCAGAGAGUCACGGGGGCUGUGCUUGCUAAACCACCUGCCUUCGCACCGAGUCUCCCAACACACACACACACACACACACACACACAAGACCAACUCCUUCUGUUCCUCAGCCAUGCAAAGAGCAGCACCUCUUCCUCUCUCGUCACUCCAGCUCCACCCAGCUCUGCCUCGCCCACACAGCGCAGCAUGAACCAAAGGAACUGAGGCUGAGAUGUUCUUCACCAGUGCUGUCAGACCCCUCGCCUCCCCAGGCAUGUUUUUUCUGUCUUUUCCCUUAAAGAGGCCCACUCUGCCUCUGUGGUAAUACCUGCCCUGUGUUUUGUCCACCCACAACAUCAACCGCCUUGACCGCUGCUGCUCAUUAGCAUUUUAAAUGUUCUGUAUCUGAAACAUUUGUUCGCUGGCUUUCAUCUUCUGAGCCAAAUAUUUGUGCAGAUAGCUUGAAGCUAGUGAUGCCAAAUAGGGUCUGUUGAUUGCUGUAUUUUUGGCAUUCAUUGUUUAUUUGAGCAGUUAUUUAUGCAGUAUGUGUACUGAGGUUUGCCUUAUUGCUAUUACUCAGUUAUUGCCAGAGGACAUACAUACGAUCUGAUUGUCUCUCCUGACCAAAUAUUUAAACAUAUUAUACAGAAGAUACAAAAUUAAUCAUGUCUUUGCAAAUUAAGGGCUUGUUUUUUACCCUCAGAUUUAUUUAGGAAGUUAUUUUUGCUUGAUAGAUAGUAGAAAAUGUCUCAGUAGCUGCCAACUGAGAGUUCGGAGAGUGGUGCGCUUUUCCAUUAGGACACUUCAUGCUCAUGCUGAUUGAAGGAGAGAAGUUUUGUACAGUCCUCUUUAAAUGAUGUAUGUCAAACAGGGCUUAAAGGAAUGUUUUUUUUUUUGGGAGGGAAAUAUGCUUAUUGGCUUUGCUGUGGAGAGUAAGAUGAGAAGAUUGAUACCAUGUUCAUGUCUCUUUGCUAAAUACAGCAGCCCCUUUUUCAUGUUAAUGUUUCUUUAUUUAAACAGGGACAAUGGACAAAAAGCAUUAACCUCAUAUAAAACAAGCUGAGAUGGAGUGUACAGGGUUUUAGCAAAUUACUAUUUUCCACCCACAGUCUUUUGGAAGAUGAGGAUCAGGUAUCCCUGUCAGAAUAAUAUCAUUGGUUGUAUGUAUAAAUUAACAAGAUAUAACAUUAGGAUAUUGCUCCCUUUGGGCAGAGCUAGGCUAGCUGUUUCCCUCUACAUUAAAAUAAGAUCAACUAACCAGCUGCUGAUGGUAGCUUAGUAUUUUUUACACAGACAUGACAAUGGUGUCAGUCUUCUCAGCCUUAAUCAGAUUCCUUCAAAUGUUGAAUACAAUCAGAAUUUCCUGUGUCUCUGAAUUUUCUCUCGUAAAUAUUUCAGAAAAGUGCAGCCAAAUGAAAUCCAGUGGGGACAAUAAACAUUUGCCUUCAUGUUGUUGUUUCUGGGCUUAAAGUUGUCAUCAGGUGCUGAUAAUGUCUAAUAUACCCUUGGUGAUUUCUCUGUAGUGAGAUUCUGAGGUAUACGUCUGAUCAUCCAUCACUCAUUAUGGAGUUAAAGCAUCUAUCAUGAUGACAAAGUAAACCAACAGAAUGUCAAAAUGAACCUCAUCUUGACCUGAGUCUUAAUGCCAGUCUCGUGCUGCCCUCUGUAGCCCUUGCUGCAUCUCAGAGGCUGCUGAAGCCUGUUUUUGUGCACUAACACAGAGACGUCUGGUAGGCUGUGGUAAUGUACAUGUUGAACCGCUUCACAGUGCAAGUGUGCUCGUAUGAGGAAGUCGUUUAACACCGGUGACACUUUUUGUCACAUGAACUGCCCUGUGACAUGUCCUCACUCACCCUUUGUGCCGCUCUUUCUUUAACACCUUCUCUCUCUCUCACACACAAACACACACUUUUCACCAUGACACACACAACACACACACACAUACAUGCUGCUCCCCCAACUGCAGCAUGGCAGAACAGUUGGCAUGGCAAACCUAUAUGCUUAUGAGUGAGUAUUUACAAAGUGCUGAAUUAUCUUUUUGUUUUGUUUUGUUUUGACAUUAUGACUGUUUUGUGGGGCAGCACAGUGUGUGUGUGAGUGUGUGUGUACUCAGAAAGGGAAGAACACUGAUAUCUGAGAAGUCCAGGUCUCAACUGUGCUGUUGCCACCAUGAAGAAAAGCAAUGAGCUGGUGCAGAAUGUUAGUUAAAACAGUGUGUGUCACUUUAUAUCCCAUUAUGGUAAUAUCUCAUCUUGACAGUGAAGUGAAUAAAAUGAGGUUUUAUCUUCAUUUCACAAUAUGUUAUGUUUGCCAUCGGUUAAACUGUACAUUUUUUUGGUUCCUUUUAUACUAUUUGGACAUUUCAGUAUUGAACGGUCAACCUCCCCUUGCAGAAACCUGUGUCCUGAUUGAUGAAGCUACAAUUGGAAGUGCUUUUGGAUUGCAGGAAUGAAAAAACAACAACUAAAGGACACAUUUUUUGCCAUUAUCUGUUAGUUGUCAUUUACAGUGCCAUUUGACCAUCACCACCCCCACAUGCUGACUACUGACUGUCAGUUAGUAUCAACCAUAACCCCUGCAUCAUGAUAGCAGCCUCACGUUGCCCUGCCAAAGCCCCUGGUAGCUCCACACAGCUCGGGGGUUGGGUCACAACCGGUGGUCAGCUCACUGCCUGCUAUUGUAUAAGCCUGUGGUCAGUUAUCUCUCCUGCCAGCCUGUGCUGCUGAAUAGUGAUAUAGUUUUGCCGAUAUCAGAUAGCUGAUAUCAUCUCAUCUGCACCACGUUGAGUUGUCAUGCAGGGUUUAACAUGGAAGCUGUGUGCAAGGCUGGCGACUCAUAACACUACAUUUGUAUUUCAACAUUUGUGUAUAAUGCACUGUGCAGGGCGGCAAUGUAAUUAAAUAGAAUGCAGAGGCAUCAGAGAGCAUAUAAUAUCUGUGGUCUUUGCACUAAUGGAGCUUACAAUGGCGGCUGUUGCUUGAAUACAUAUUGAAUGUGCUAAACUGCCCACUGAUACUGAAUUGUUUAACCACUUUGUCCUGCAUCUGCCAUAUUAAAAAACUACUGACUCUGACGCUUUUGUACAAAAAAGUCUGCAGCAUUCAGAGCUGUUAGUCUGGGGUGUUUCUAUCUUAUGUUUAUGAUGCAUUUGUUUUUAUGUCUUGUACUCCUGAUUGAUCGCUUUCUAAAAGAGGGAUGGUCCGAUCACUUGAACCCUUUAGCUCUGGAUGUGUUGGCUUGGAAGCAUUGUGAAAAAAUACAUCUUAUUAAACAAAAAUAAACUGAAUAUGUUGAAAUGUGUAAUAAAAAAGAAGAAU